GGAGGAGGUGUUCCUGGUAGCCAUCUUGGAUGUGCGGAGUGAUUGUUUAGCGAGAAGAAUUGGACAUUUUUGUUUCAUGUCAGAGGAGAAACAAACGUUACACGGAACCGUUACCGAGCCACCGGGACCCGGACACCGAGGCAACACAUCGCUGCUCGGAAAAAUCCAGUGAAAGAAGGCAUGAAGACAUCAUCCUAGUCAUCAGUCAUGGCCGAUAAAAGGAAACUUCAAGGUGAAAUAGAUCGAUGUCUGAAAAAAGUAGCGGAGGGAGUGGAACAAUUUGAAGACAUUUGGCAAAAGCUUCACAAUGCAGCCAACGCGAACCAGAAGGAGAAAUAUGAAGCAGACCUCAAGAAAGAGAUUAAAAAGCUACAGCGUCUUCGAGACCAGAUCAAGACGUGGGUGGCAUCCAACGAGAUCAAAGACAAAAGGCAGCUAGUAGAAAACCGCAAACUCAUAGAGACGCAAAUGGAGCGGUUCAAAAUAGUGGAGAGAGAAACCAAGACGAAGGCGUACUCGAAAGAAGGUCUGGGCCUCGCCCAAAAGGUGGACCCGGCCCAGAAAGAGAAGGAGGAGGUCGGCACGUGGCUAACGAAUACGAUAGACACGCUGAACAUGCAGGUGGACCAGUUCGAGAGCGAGGUGGAGUCUCUCUCAGUCCAGACGAGGAAAAAGAAAGGAGACAAGGAGAAGCAGGACCGGAUCGAGGAGCUGAAGAAGUUCAUCGAGAAGCAUCGGUACCACAUCCGGAUGCUGGAGACGAUACUGAGGAUGCUGGACAACGACUCAGUGCAGGUGGACGCCGUCAGGAAGAUCAAGGAUGAUGUGGAGUAUUAUCUAGACUCGUCUCAGGAUCCAGACUUUGAGGAGAAUGAGUUUCUAUACGACGACCUUGACCUGGAAGACCUCCCAGCUCAGGCGCUGGUCGCAACCUCCCCACCGGGACACUCGCACUUGGAGGACGAGAUCUUCCAGCACUCCAGCAGCACACCCACCUCCACCACCUCAUCUUCACCCAUCCCCCCGUCGCCUGCCACUUGCACUACGGAGAACUCAGAAGAUGACAAGAAGAGGGGACGUUCAACAGACAGUGAAGUUAGUCAGUCGCCUGUGAAGAACGGAAACCCCUCUUCCUCGUUAUCCUCUUCCUCCUCCUCCUCAUCUUCCUCCUCCUCGUCCUCUUCCUCUUCUUCUUCCUCCGUCUCGGGACUGACCUCCUCCUCGCUGGUCUCUAUGGCGAUCAUCGCCGUGGGAGGAGGCGGCGGCGGCGGCGGCGGCAGCUCUGGGGGCAACAGUCAUCACGGCAACUCGGGGGGUCUCCUCUCCAACACUUCCGCUGGCAGCUACAGCAACGCCACCCAGCAGCAGCCGCACCCGUCAGCACAACAACAACAACAACAACAACAACAGCAACAACAGCAGCAACAACAGCAGGCCAAAAACUUAGUUAGCUCCCCCUCCUCAGCUCCCAUCUCCAACCCCAUCACCUCCACCAACAGCCACCUGGCCUCCUCCACCUCUUCUCCACCCAACGUCAGUACACAGGGGCUCUUCACUUCAAGCACCCAGUCGCAGGUUCUGUCGGGGCCCCCGCCGACCUCCAAUAGUCUCAGCCUCAGCCUCGGCCUCUCGCUGGGGAAAGGCGGCAUGUCCGGCUCCAUCACCACCAGCCCGAUGUCCUCGAGCCUGGGCCUGUCAGGGAUGCCGGCGUCCCUGAGCAACGUGGCGAGCCUCCUCUCCAGCUCCACCCCGGCGCCCUACGCUCAGGCAGCUGCUUCGGGCGCGGUCGGCUCCGGCUUACCGGGCUCUCUGGGCGGCGUCAUCACCACGUCGACCAACAGCUCGCUGGGCUCCAUCGGCAGCGGAAGCAUCACAGUCGGCGGGCCGACGUCCUCAAGUGGAGGUCUGCUGGGCUCGGCGCCGGGGCUGACCAGCAUGGGAUCGAGCAUUCUGGGUUUGAGUUCUGGUCAGUCGGGGCUGCAGGGGUCGUCCCUCGUGUCACUGAGCCCGGUCGGAGGGUUGGCGCCGGGUAGCGGGGUAGGAGUCAUCGGGAGCAACGGAGGCAGCUCGGGAUCAGUGGGGAGCGGAGUGGUCGGAGGAAACUCGUCGCUGUCCAUCAGACCGCCGAGCCAACAGAAGCAGAACGGUAGCACGAGCUUCACAGGUUACAGCGCCGUGUUAGCAGACAGCCCGACAGACUCCGCCCUCAACAGUGCCAGCCAAUCACAAAGCAGCCAACCCUCGUCUUUGACCUCCUCAGCCAUUCAGCCUAAGGACACUGGUCCCAGUUUACUGGGCUCUUUGAGUUUGUCGUCCAGCUCCCCGUCACCGGCUUUCUAUAGCGAGGCCAAGACGGUGAGCGGCAGCAGCCUGCUGAACGGACCGCUGUCUUACUCACAGUCCUCCGACAUCAUCAAGCCCCAGGAGCCUCCGAGCAGCCUGAAGUCCAUGGCCGAGCGAGCAGCACUCAGCUCAGGGAUGGAGGGAGACGUGCCCUCCCUGCACCUCACCCCAGACAUCUUCCCCAGCAGCACUACGGCCCCCUCGGGCCCCCCGUCAGCACCUCAGCCCUCGCUGUCGGAGGUCAGCAUCCCUCCGUCGUUGGGGGUGUGCCCGCUGGGGCCGGUCCCCCUCUCCAAAGACCAGCUGUACCAACAGGCCAUGGAGGAGGCGGCGUGGACGCACAUGCCCCACCCGUCCGACUCCGAGAGGAUCAGGUGCAGUGAAAUGCAGUACCUGAUGAGGAACCCGUGCCCCACCCUGCCUUUCCACCACCAGGUGCCACCGCCACACUCCGACACUGUAGAGUUUUACCAGAGGCUCUCCACAGAAACGCUCUUCUUCAUCUUUUACUACCUGGAGGGCACUAAGGCCCAGUAUCUGGCAGCCAAAGCCCUGAAGAAGCAGUCAUGGAGGUUCCACACGAAGUACAUGAUGUGGUUUCAGAGGCACGAAGAACCCAAGACCAUUACGGAUGAGUUUGAGCAGGGAACGUACAUUUACUUUGACUAUGAGAAAUGGGGCCAGCGGAAGAAGGAAGGCUUCACGUUUGAGUACCGGUACCUAGAAGACCGAGACCUCCAGUGACCUGCAACAAGAAAGACAGACAGACGGAUAAACAGACAGACAGACGGACGAAACAGACAGACGGACAGACGAACGGACAGUCGAGGAAAUGAGAGAGAGGGACAGACAGACAGAGACAGACAGACAGACAGAUGGAUGGACGGGGAGCAAAACAAGUGAAGAAGAGCGAUCCACCUGCUGACAUUCCCGGAUUUGAUCGCAGCUCGAGAUGUUCGGUGAUGGAGACCCUCCAACCUCGCCUCAUCAUCCUCACCCCGACAGUGAUUACUCCUCUCACCCUGUCAUCCCUCCUCCUCCUCCUCCUCCUCCUCUUCCUCCACCUCCUCUCCAUCCAUCAUCUUUUAUUUCCACCUUCUCCUGAACUGGAACUCAGAUAAGACACAAAAAAAUCACUGAAUAUUCAGACUAUCAUGUGCUUUUUCCCCUCCUGUGUUAUCCUGUCAUGUUAACGUUUGCUUAUAUAUCAGCCCCCGAAGAACCAAAGAUGAUUGGUUAAUCCUACAAUACAAGCUCUGUCCACUUAAAGAAAACACUGGUUUAAAUCUGUGCGUCAUCUUAGAAAACUGGCAGUAUGGAGCAGCGAAGCAGCAGCAGGGCGGAAGAAGAAGAUGAACUGACUCGAGAUCAGUGAGGAACUUAACGACCCGUAACUUUGACCCGAACCGUAAGGGCCAAAAUCCACUAGCCAUGGAUCGUUCUAAUCAAUGUUUCAAACCUGGUCCGGUUCAGAAGCGGCUCUCUGCAGCCCAGCAUCAAUCUGAACAAAGGAGCUCGAGCUAAAAGGAAGUCAGACGUAGAAACAACGUAGAGAAUCUGGUCGGAUUUCAAAAUAAAAUACCCCGUGCAAACUUCCGAUCUUAAAAACAAACAAAUUAACAAACUAUGUAGUAUAUUUACAUAAUUAAAAGCUCAUAAACGAGAAAAUGACCAAGCCAAGUCUGGCGAACAAAACAAGUGGAGUUUGAACGACAUGACGGAGACGUGCCCGGAGGUUCGAGGUGUGUGUUUUCACAAACCAGAACAUUUUGAACCUAGUUUAUCGUGUACGCCGAGCUAAAGAGCAACAGGCGUGCAAUAAAACCUCCUUUUAUGAAGGUUAUACUGUUGGAUUGUUAUAAAACAACAGAAACACCAGUCAGUUUAACAGCCGCACCUCUGUGAAAGAGUUUCAAACAUCGAAACCUUCAUGAAGGGAUUUAUUGAAGGACUGUAUUAAGAAUAAACGCCACCAAACAAUCGGUUCACACCUAACGAGGUAUCGACGCAGGUUUUACGUUACGUUCUUUCUGAAUGAAGUUUUGUUCAAGACUCAGGUAAAAAUGAAAAAACCUGGUUUAUAUGAAUUAAUUUCCCAGGAUAGAAAGCUCUAAAUUAUGAUCUCCUCGUGCUGCUGCUGCUUGUUGAGCUCCACGAUCUGACCCUUCAAUCAAUGACGGCCGUCGACCUCAACACCAACCCAACCGUUGGUCAUCGGUGGCACCACCAGGCCUCUCUCGCACUUAACUGUCUCUCAGAGGUCCCGGUGUUGUUGGUGUUGUUGUUGUUGUCGGUUUUGUGAAUCCGCCAGUCGUGGACGUCGUCGUGGUCUAAAAAUACUCCUGCCCUGCCUACUCCCAUCUAGCCAUGGUGGAGGAGUGUGACACCACAGCCAGUGAGGUGUUGGUAGUAACUGUCUUUUACCUGGUGGGCAGUGUUACAUCACAGUUUGGUUUGUUUAGAGGAAAGAGAGAAAAUAUUUCAGGAUUUAGCUUCAAAGUCUUCACCUCGUUUAAAAUUAAAUUAGAAGGUCAGUUCAUCCGAAUUACGUAAAAACACAAACGUGUCGUGGUCUCGACUGAAACGUAACAAGGUAUUGGAGAUUCUGCAUCUCUAACACGAUCGAGUUUUUAACAGUUUACACUGGAUCUACUCAUUCAGAGAUCUUGCAGUGCUUGGACUCCAUCUCCAGUGUAUGAGGUGUCUGCAGAUAUUUAAGUCACUGAUGUCCACAGAGUUCGCCCAGAAUAUCUAGCUGAAUAAAAUGGGGUGAAGAAACGCCAGUAUAGACCCUUUUUUAAAGGCGUCAUCGUCCGGGCCGAUCGAUUCAGAGUUUAAAAUUUGGCUUAAUUCGUACAAUCUUUCUCGCUGUACCUCGUCUUUUCUUUUUAUUUACUCUGCGUCACUGCUGUGGACGAGGACCGCUCGCAUAAAGAAUGUUAGCUUUUUUUGUGUUUCCUCAUUUCCAUCAUCAGCUUAGCUUAGCUUAGCAUAAAAUGUGGAAACCUUUCUCUUUAGAAAGGCAGAAAAAUUAGGGUCACUACAACAAGUUAUAAUUAGAGAAGCAGAAUAACUUCGGGAUGUGUUGGGGCUGGCUCCUGGUUGGGAGCUUUUGGCUCUCGGGG